CUGCAGCUUCAACAUUUAUGUGAAGAUCCAGCCAUCUUGUAUCAUGUCUAGGAUUGCUUUCAUGAUGCUUCUUAUCGUCCCUGGCUUAGCACUGAAGACUCUGGACUUAAGUAUGGAAGAGAAUGAGAAUAACGCCUCGGUAAUCUGGAAUGGCACAGAACAAGAAGGAAGAACUUUCGAAGAUCUUUCAGGUGGUUCUACUUCAAAAAUGUUGGUGUCACCCGCUUCAGUGACAGAAGGUUCUAGAGAUGAAGAGUUGAAAGCUCGCCUAGUUAACGGGACAGCAAAUGCGGGGCGUCUAGAAAUAUUUUACAGAGGAGAAUGGAGCACAGUGUGCAAAGAUCGCUUUGGAAACAAAGCAGCAAGUGUUGCCUGCAGGAUGCUGGGCUUCUACAGCCGUGGAUCAGUAGCCGUUGCCACAAGUGUAUACGGAGCAGGAACAGGAAGAAUUCUCCUGGAUGAUGUCACGUGUCAAGGAACAGAGAGGAGUCUUGCGCAGUGCAGUCACAAGACCUUCUACUCCCACGACUGUAGUCACAACGAAGAUGUCGGUGUUAUCUGCAAUGAGGGUAAACAGUUAGUGGCCCGUUUAGUUAAUGGAACAGCAGUUUCGGGGCGUCUAGAAAUAUUCAGCAACGGAGAAUGGAGCACAGUCUGCGACGAUGGAUUUGGAAACACAGAGGCCACGGUGGCCUGCAGGAUGCUAGGCUUUAACGGCUCUGGGGCAAGAGUUGCUGCAGCAGGUAGAUACGGAGCAGGAGCAGGAAGAAUUCUGCUCGAUGAAGUCAAGUGUCAAGGGUCAGAGAGCAGUCUUGCGGAAUGCAAUCACACGAAAUUCUACUCCGGCGACUGCAGUCAUAACGAAGAUGUCGGUCUUUUCUGCAAGGAGGUUAUCUCCCUGUCGUCGUGCAACACCUCAAGGAAAUACCUGGAGGUAAAGGAAGGCAGAAGUGACAACGAGUUUACAUGUACGGGACUGACAGCUCAAGAAGAUGUCCGCUGGUUUUUUCGUAACAAUAUAAUUUUUUGUUCACUAUCACCGUCUUUACGCCCCAUUAAAUGUUUGACACGAUUAACAGAAAACAGGACUUCAGACACAGUCAGUGUCGCUACGAUUGAUGCUAGUGAAAAUUCAGACCCAAACUACAUAGGAACAGCUAUCUUGACAUGCCAAACCGCUACUGCCACCAUAUCAUGUCCGAUGGACUCAGUCUAUCCUGCCGAAAAUUCAAGCUGCCAAGUUCAGUUUGGAGACAACAAAGUAACCGCCUGGUGCUCUGUUUCGAAGGUCCGGUCGGCAAGAAACAAUUAUGUCUGCUCCCUGUACCAAGCUCUGGAGGCUUCUCAAGCGACAUUAGUCGGGUCCUAUGCUAUGGACGUGGUGCCAGCAUCCUCCGGAUAUUUCUCAGGCACAUGUAACAUGACCUCCUACCUGCCUCCCGAAGGACAAUACAGUUACUAUGUUAUUAUUAUGCCAGGGGAAGUAAACGUGUCCGCCACAUUCAUUGGAAGCAGUAUCAUCAGUCGACCUCGUGGUACACCAGACCACAACUGCCCACCGAAUUUAAAGGAAGGGGACACCUUAAACUGCUCGUGUUUUGUAAACGACUUCGGAAAUCCUCCCGGAGUUAUUCGAUGGAACGGGACAUACUCGGAUAAGCUAGAAUUUAAAAACCUCACAAAAUUGCAGAAUGGAAUUCAGAAUGUGUGUAGUUUGACCUGGAACAACACAGUCCACCAGUCUGUGUCUUAUACUCUACUCGUGCUACACAUGGAUUAUCCUGCUGAAAAUUCAAGUUGCCAAGUUCAGUUUAAAGACAACAAAGUAACCGCCUGGUGCUCUGUUUCGAAGGUCUGGUCGUCAAGAAAUGAUUAUCGCUGCUCCCUGUACCUAGCUCCGGAGGCUUCUCAAGCGACAUUAGUCGGGUCCUCUACUAUGGGCGUGGUGCCAGCAUCCUCUGGAUAUUUCUCAGGCACAUGUAACAUGACCUCCAACCUGCCUCCCGAGGGAAUUUACAGUUACUAUGUUACUAUUAUGCCAGGAGAAGUUAGCGUGUCCGCCACAAUCACUAGCAACAGUUUCAUCAUUAGUCCGCCAACAGCCCGUCUAGCUAACGGGGACGGAAUGGCGGGGCGUCUGGAACUAUUCUACAAGGGAGAGUGGAGCACAGUUUGCGGCGAUGGCUUUAGAGACAAAGAGGCCAGGGUGGCCUGCAGGAUGCUGGGCUUUAACAGCUCUGGAGGAACAGCUGUUACAUCAAGUUUGUACGGAGCAGGAGCAGGAAUAAUUCUCCUCGAUGAUGUAAAUUGUCUAGGAACAGAGAGCAGUCUUGUGGAGUGCGACCACAGCGGCUUCUACUCCCACAACUGCAGGCAUUCCGAAGAUGUCGGUGUUAUCUGCAACGAGGAUAUUCAGCUAACAGCCCGACUAGCUGACGGGGAUGGAAAUGGGGGGCGUCUGGAACUAUUCCACAACGGAGAAUGGAACUCAGUUUGCGGCGAUGGCUUUGGAAUCCAAGAGGCGAGGGUGGCCUGCAGGAUGCUAGGCUUCAACAGCUCUACAUUAGUAGCUGCUACAUCAGAUGAAUACGGGUCUGGAGUAGGAAGAAUUAUUCUGGAUGGUGUGAGGUGUACAGGGACAGAGAAGAGCCUGUUGGAGUGCAAUCACAAGGCGCUCUACCAACCCGAGUGUGAAGACUUCCAAGCCGGAGUCAUCUGCAAAGAAGUUACAAAACCGACUACUAAUACUACCAUUACUAAAGUCUCUUCAUCACCAAGAACAACCGCACCAAAACAGGACUCAUCCUCGGAAACCACAACAUCAACGACAACAACUACAACGGAAAAGGUAACAAAAACGACCACAACCACGACAUCUAGAAACGGAAACGGAACAACAGUAACAACGUCAACAACAACAACGUCUACUACCACCACUGUCACCAUACAACCCUAGGCUGUCUUUGCAAGACUACAGUUUACAAUUUUAAUAACCUUUCAAUUAUCGCUUUUCAUUUUAUCACCUUUUAUGAUAUUUCUAUAAAGAAAACUGAUGUGUAAAAAACUCAUAUAUGCAACAUUUUAAGCUGUACCACUGUAUCCAUAUUUCAUUUUUUUUCUAAAAUUACAAUUUGGCAUUGUUGUAAGUGCACAUAAUAUUUUAUUUGUACAAACUCUUUAUAGCAGGCAAGUAGCCGUGUUAGAAGUUCAUCUCUGUUUUAUUUUUUGAGACCAACUUCAACGUAGUAAACUACUUUUUGAAGACUAAAACUUUAUCUCCCUAAAGUCAUAGAUUUUUUUUUUCAUACACAGAUAUCUUAGGUAUCUACUUAAUAAAGCCAUAGUCUAAAUAUUAUCACAAAUAAUAUACCGAGCACAUGCUAGAGUGUAAUAUUCUUUCAUAUAGCCAGCUAAGGGGAAGGAGUGAACUCCGUUUUCCUUCUUUUGUUGUCCGAAGAUUUUAUUUGUCUUUCUAUCUACCUAUAUAUUAGACUCAAUUUUAUGCUUUUACCAGGUCUUUUCAGUCUUCAUCGACUAACGGUCGUGCCUGCCUUCGGGUUUGUCUGUUCAGUAUCGAAACAGCGUUUGAAUUUUGUAAUUAUUUCUGCAGACAUCGGUACGAAUCACUGUAGGGUACCCCGAUUAAAAUGUAUUUUAAGUCGAUUUCUAUAUUUUAUUUUAACAUAGCAGUGCAUUUUACUGAUAGUUUGAUAACCAAGGAAUCCAUUGUUAAUGAUUGCUUUAUCGCCUUUAUUAUAAUUAAUAUCAUUUUCAUGAAAUGGAUAGAACACAAGAGUCUGUCUCUGGUUACUACUUCUCUUUCGCCACAUCAAAUACGUCAACCAUAUAUCUACAGUGGUUUAUGUGUCCUGUCUCGUGAUAGUCUAUGGCUCGGUACAGAGAAUACACACGACUUGGGAAGCCUAAAGGAAUGUUUGUGUUUAUGUUAGCCGUAGAACACCAGUUAUGUUGGUUUUUGCUUGUUAUUUUCUCUAUGUUUGAAAUUAAGAAUGACUACCAAAGCUUUUACUAGACAUUACAUUAUACACUACUGCUGCUGCCACUGAUGAUGCUUUAAAUCGUAAUAGUAAAAGACAAUAUAAAACCACAGUCAUUGCAUUGUGUCGCGUAAUACACAGACUUAAAAAAAUAAAAAACAAAUAUUCGUUUA